UGAUGACAGCCUCUCUCUGAGUGAUGUGAACUGUUGUGCAAUUCACUAAAUAAAUACUGUCCUACAUAGUUAAAAAAGGAGAGAAGCUAGUAUAACCACAGAAACGCACACACACACACACACACACACACAGAGAAAGAGAGAGGAGAGAAGCUAAUAAAACCUAUUGAUAAAGAGAAUACUAUAGUCAGUAACCCAAGACUUUACAUAUUAUCUAUCCUAAACAUGAUGGCUCUUCGAUUACGAACUAGGAGUUUUAUAGCCACUCAGGCAAGACAAUUUCAUAGCGCCUCUCAGCCGAGGCGUGCCCCUAAGGAAGCGGCCGACACAGUGCGUUUCUCGCAGACAAAGGCGGCCAAGUUGCACAUUAAUGACGUGGCGGUUGGCCAGGAUCUAUCAGAUAGAGGCGCUAAGUUUAUCAUCGGCUUGGGAUUUCUUUCGAUUGUCGCUUACUGUGGUGCGCUCUAUCGAGCGAACGAGGAGGAACGCCAAAGGAAACUUGAAUUAAAGAGAUUGGGUAUCGAGGAAGAGGUGUUGUCGGGUGAGGAAGCCUUUGCUCGUGCCAUGCAAGAUGCAGGUCAGAAGGCUGCAGCACGGGAGGCUGCGAGAAAUCAGGCCAGUUGAUAGUACUGAUCUACGAUUUGUGUACAAUAAACAGUGACUAUACAUUAUACAGACCAAAGAGGACGCUACCUAACCGGAGAAGCUAUUCUAAUUAAGGAAUAUCGCGUCCAUGUCGGUUGUACUGUAGUUUUACGUAGCGUGCAAAAUCUGACGAUUUUCUUGGUUAAGAUUUCCCUCAGCUUGUGAAAUGGAAGCUCGGACAGGCUUGAUUCGGAAAAUGUAUGUGACGCAAGUAUGGCUCAUCAGAGCACUCAUCGCC